AUGACGAGGGUCCCUGGGGGCCCCGGAGCACGGGGUCCCUUGGGGGACCUUGAGGACACAGCGAUUGUGCGCCAGACUUCAUUGCUGCUCGAAACUGUAGACAUUAUAGCAGCAGAUGCUGGCAGUUGGGGCGCUGUCUCCUCCCGAUUGAGCAUGCAGCAACAGCGCCAAUCGCAGCAGCAAGGACCAUCCCCUGGGAGAUGGGGCCUUCUCCCACGGCUCUGCGCGCUGGAGGAUUUCAAAGAUCUUGAAAGGCGACAGAUGACGAAGCAACUAAGGGCUGACCAUUCUCAAAGCCAGAAGGAGCAGCAGAAACAGGGCCAGGCAGUAUUUCCUGGAGCUGAAACUGCUUGUGUCUUCAUCUCUGCCUUCAUCGAGGAGGCGACGCCUUACCUGAUUUCCUUCGUUCGUCUGCUGCCUUCUCUCCGCCGCUUGACAAUUUGUUCUUUCUUUUCGGAGGAGCAGCAUCGUUGGCACGCCUGUUGCAUGCAGCAACAAGCUGGAAUGUCUGUCCAGCGUUUGGCUGCAACUUUGCGCAGGCAACGAGAAGGGCUGCAGCCAACGUUAGAUGGGCCGUCGGGGGCGCCCAAGUGGCAGGGGCCACUCGAAGUGGAGGUGCUGCACACCCCAUUUCAUGCAACGUUUCUCACUCAGAGAUGCUUCCUGCUGACUGGUGGGCAAAGUAGGAGGAUAGACCAAGAUGAACAGACAAAGACAGACAGCGAAGAACUGACAGAGAGCAUAAAUGGCGAAGCAAAAGUGAACGAGGAAAAUAUAGAUAAAAUUUAA